AUGGCUGAUCAACCGGUUCAAAUAAACAACAUAAAUACAGGAUUAGCAUCAACAAAUAAUGGUGCAAUCCAAUCUUCCAACAACAAUAAUGGAAAUUCGAUGAAUAAAAUUAAUAAUAAGAACAAGAAAAAAAAUUCAUUUAAGGUAUUAAACAAACAACGAUUUUCUACACAUUAUGAACGAACAAAUCAAUACAAUAAUAAUCGAGCUGCAACUAGUCGUUUUGGUUAUGAUGGUGAAAAUCUUGACGAUUAUCAUCGUCGUUACGGACAAGAACUCUAUUGGAGAAGUAAGAAAACAAAUGUUUUAUUUUAA